AUGCCCUUCGAACGCGUGGCCAUGGACUUGGUGGGGUCCCUCCUGAAAAGCACCGUGCGAUUUCAGUAUGUGUUGGUCCUAGUAGAUUAUGCUACCCGUUUCUUGGAGGUAGUACACCUGCGGAGCAUCACCGCCCGAACCAUUGCAGGUCUGUACCAAUUCACCCGGAGGCCCUUCGGCCUCCACGGAGCCUCUUCCAUGUUUCAGCGGCUGAUGGACCGUGUCCUCCAACCCCAUCGAGACUAUGCGGACACCUACUUGGACGAUGUGAUCGUCUACAGCCGCCACUGGGAGGAUCAUUUGGAGAAGAACUACGCGGUGGUGAAGGAGGCCCUGGCAGUGAAAUGGGCUUGUGAUGCCCUACAUUACUACGUGCUUGGAGCCCCGUUCACCCUAGUCACUGACCACGCCCCGCUUCAGUGGAUGAAUAAAAUGAAAGACAAUAAUAUGAGAAUACAGCAAUGGUACCUGGCAUUCCAGCCCUAUGCCUUUACGGUUCACCAUAGGGCAGGCAAGGACCACGCUAAUGCUGACUUCCUGUCAUGCCUGGGAGCUGCUGCAAUGCUGGGACUUCUCCCUGCACUCCCCUGCCUGCUCCUCCUCUCCCUGCCGGGCUUCAGCUCUGGCUCCGAUGACGACGGCACCGUGGUGCUCACCACCAGUGGCCCCAUCCGGGGCAAGCGCCUCCAGGCCGGCUCCAGCACAGUGACAGCCUUCCUGGGCAUCCCCUACGCCGAGCCCCCCGUGGGGGCCUUGCGCUUCCAGAAACCGCUUCCCCACCAGCCCUGGAGUCACGUCCUGGAGACCACCAGCUUCGGCAAUGUCUGCCACCAGCAUCCAAUUCCUACUUACCCUGAGGACGAAUUAUUCACACCCACAAGGCCGCAGUCUGAGGACUGCCUCUUCCUCAAUGUCUGGGUGCCCCAUCCCCGGCCCUCUGCACCGGCCCCAAUCCUCAUCUGGAUCCACGGUGGUGGGUUCUCCUCAGGUGCAGCCUCCCUCAAGGUUUAUGACGGGCGCUUCUUAGCCGCCACUGAGAAUGUGAUCGUGGCCUCCAUGAACUACCGGCUGGGGCCGCUGGGCUUCCUGUCUCUGCCCCCGGCCGCCCCGGGGAACGCCGGCCUGUGGGACCAGCGCCUGGCACUGCGCUGGCUGCGGGAUAAUGCAGCUGCUUUUGGAGGGGAUCCAGCCCAUGUGAUGCUUUACGGCAUUGGCUCUGGGGCUGCAUCAGUCGGCUUCCAUCUCCUCUCCCCGGGGAGCCGGCCCCUCUUCACCCGAGCCAUGCUGCAGAGCGGAUCCCCGACAGCACCCUGGGCUUGGAUUUCGCUUGAGCAGGCCAAGGAGAGAGGCCAGAGGCUGGGCCAGCUGCUGGGCUGCACCAAUAGCGAUGACACGGCCCUGGUGGGCUGCCUGCAGGGGAAGGAACCUGGGGAGUUCCCCAAACAUGAGUUCUCCGUCUUGCGCCACAGGGAGCUGCUGGGAAUGCCCUUUGUGCCGACAACAGAUGGGGAUUUCCUGCCUGAUUCACCAUCAAGACUCCUGCAGGCUAAGCAGAGCCAGCCUAUACCCAUCGCAGCUGGUUUCACUGCCAACGAAGGCUCCUACAUACUACUCUUUGGUGCCCCCACCUUAGAGCUGCAGAACGCCAGCAACGUCGGUAUGGAGGAGCUGCAGCAGGUGUUGAAGCUCAUGGUGCCAGGGGCACCAGAAGGGGCCAUCCAGGCUGUGGCUUGGUGGUACAGCCAGGACGGGGAGAAGCAAGGCAAGGCACAGUAUCGAUGGGCCAUGGAACAAAUUGUUGGUGACUACCUCUUUGUGUGCCCA